CAAACAAGAAGCAUUAUCAGAGUUCAAGGACAUGUUCCAGCCAGACAACGAUUCUCAAGGAUGGUGCAAAGCAGAGCUGACUAGGGGUCUUGUUGAGGAGGGGGCAUGGUCUGGAAAGUGUGCCUGGAGAGCAAUGAUAUAUGCCCAUCUCUGUGGUGUAUAUCAAUGCAAAACAGGAGGGUGAACUACUCCUUUGUGCUUGUAGUUAUGGCUGUUAAAAUCCUGAGUUGGGCAGUGAUUUCCUCCUGUAGCGUAUAGUUCUGCUCCUUGGGAAUUAUAGAGGUGGUCCUGUUGUUGGGGUACAAACUCCUUCCUGGCUUCCUGAUGAACUGAAUACUGCCCUCAGUUUCUUGGGAGAAUCACUAUAUAUCCUUUUUUUUUUUACAUUAAUAUCCCACUUUUUUCCCAUUGUGGAACCUGAGGAGGUGAUCCUGUGAGUGUAGUGUCUACAGUCAAGUAGCAAGGACUGUAAAUUGCCAAAGUACAAACCAGAUGGAGAUGAUACAGGCCGGAAAGAUGAAGACAGAAGCUGCUUUUCUGGUCUCCCCUGAGCAACACUUUCCUAUGCCAUGAGUAACACCACCAUGCCCACCUCUGCUGGACCAGCCAACGACUCCUUAGUGGGCUAUGUUCUGGUGCCAUUUUUCCUUAUCACUAUUGUUGGAGUCAUCAUGGCUGUGAUGAUGUACAUCCAGAAGAAGAGAAGGUAUGACCGUCUGCGUCAUCACUUGCUGCCAAUGUAUAGCUAUGAUCCUGCGGAGGAGCUGCAUGAGGCUGAGCAGGAGCUUUUGGUGGAGCCAGAGGACACUAAGAUAAUGAGAGCCUGGGGAGGAUACCAACCCUACCGUGCUUCAUUUAUGGAUGUGAAAGCAUAAUGUUGCUCAGCAAAGACUAACUACAAGGUGUGGAGAGAUUACCUCAUCUACCUGGCAUGUGUGCCAUCUUUAAGUGCUCUCAAACGCCAUUAACUUUGAACGUGCUGCCUUUCUUUCCACUUCAGAACUGUGUCCCCUUGCCUAGGCUCCCAGUGAGGAAGGUGAGUGGGUGCAGGUCCUGCUGCCAACACACUUGCCCUUGAAGAUUUGGUGCAAAGCAGCCCAGGGAGUUGGAGAGUUGCAUGUUUCGAUCUGGAAAAGCUCUUACUUGGCAUAACAUUCCUAUCUUGGGUUUAAAUUGAGAUGGAUGUAGGGGGGAGUGUCUGAAAUGCCACUCUUGUAUUAUGAACUACAAUCUUUAAGAGGCUCAGCUUUAUAUAAAAAAACCAAAUUGCCAUCUGCUUCCUUUUAUGAAAGGGGCAGUGUCAUAGCUGCAGAAAUUAUGACAUUUCUGUGCAAUUGCUAGAUGCCUGGUAUCCUACACACACCUCUGUGCAUAAUGAGUGUAUCACUUAUUUGUUGAAUUUUUGUGAUGUGCCCUUCUGCAGAGGCAGGGAAAGUGAGCAUUGUAGUGAAAUUGCACCGCUAGAUCCUUGGGGGAGAUUUGCAGCAUAGUAUCUUUCAUUUUAUAGCUGGAAAUAUGUGGUAAUGAACAUGUGCCCAAAAGUGUGGUAUUGUUUGCACUGCUAUGUCCAGGAGAAUGCAGUUUUGUUGGGAACAUUAUGCAGGAAUGGGGAAUCUGUGGCCCUCCAGAGGUUGUUGAACUCUCAAACUCCCAUCAUCCUCAGCCAGCAUGGCUAGUGGUCAAGGAUGGUGGGAGCUGUAGUCUAUCAUCCUGUGGAGGGCUGAAGGUUCCCCAUGUCUGGCCUUAAUGUGCUUCUGAGGAGCUGUUUCCUUCAACAAAACUUUUGAGUUAAGCAGGGUGCUUCUUUCUACAAGGAUGAUUUUGUAUCUGGGAGUUUUUGGUUUUUUUUGUAAAUAAAGUUCACCUUGAACAGGAGCAUCUCUGGCAAUGCUUCAAGCUUUUCCUGUAGCUUUCAAUGCAAUAUAGCUUAUGGUUGACCCAACUGCAGCAGCUUAAUUAAGUAUUGGGACUAAGAUGCCAUGCUGGCCCCGCUGAAGCAGAAAACUCCUUGCCACCCAUUGCUGCUUAGCUUGGAACUAGCUAUUGAACAUAAGCUGUUGGCAUGACUAUGAGCUGCACUGGUGACUUGGGCAAUGCACAUAUUUGGAUUGUUCUAUUUGCCUUUGUCUCUUCCUUUCUCUUGUCCCAACAAACAGUGUUUCAGUUUCUAGGGUUCUGGGUCCAUAGUGGUCUUCCUUGUAAAAACUGAACUAGAGAGCUAGACUGCUAUUUAGUGAUCCUGCAAUGCAAAUGUCUGACAUCUAGUGGUUCCAGAUAAUUUCUAGUUGUCAAGACACAAAAGCAAAGUGUGUGGAUGUGGAAAUAAAGAGACUUUAAUUUCCCUUUGGCAAA